GUGUGCGCGCGCGCGUGUUGCCGGAUGUACUCGCGGAAUGUGUUGCACCGAAUCGAGCGCUUCCCACGGAGAGGGAAGGAGGGCUCGUCCCGAGGAGGCUGGGAUGUCUUUAACUUCUCCCUCCCCUCGGCUCCAUUUCCACCCGCUCGGUGCACUUGUUCCUCCCGCCGGGGCAUCGUCAGUGUCUGUCAGAGGAAGAGAGAGGGCCUCGGACCUGGACCUGGACCUCACCACGGAGGCGAAGCUGCGUGUUUCCGGCCGCUCGUUGUCAUUCCAACACCACAGGUGAGAGGAAAGAAGCGACCGUUGGCUCGUUGAAUUUCACCUGUUGGGACAUUCGCAGGAGGGCGGUGACAAACAAUGUCUGUGCCGGGGAAAGGGAUUUCUCCUUCGGCCUCCGAUGGCCACGCUGCCGACUUCGUUAGUCCAGGCAUGACUAUCACCCCCAAAAGAUCCAGUCCUCAGCCUGCUUCCUCUUCUCACAACACAAGACCCAGAUCUGAUCCGGUGCAGAUGGAUGACGUCGACGGUCCGCGCUUGAAGCCUUUAACCUCCUCUGAGGACUCGCUGUCACUGGCUUCCUCCCUGGCGGAGCCCAUCAACCUAGAAGAUAUUCACUAUGCUCGGCUGCGAGAUGAGCUCGAGAUCGACGCCCAGAACCUGGAGGCGGAGUCCUGGAGUGUGGCAGUGGAUCAGAACUACAUGAAGGCCCUGAGCAAAGAGGCCGUCAGAAGACAGGACGUCAUCUAUGAGUUGAUGCAGACGGAGAUGCACCACGUUCGCACCUUAAAAAUCCUCCUCCAUGUCUACAUGCACGAGUUGAGGCAGUCUCACCUGAUCGAGGAGGCCAGACUGGAGUGGCUCUUCCCCGGAGUGGACUCCCUCCUCGCCCUCCAUCAGCAUUUCCUCAAUUGCCUCAAAGCACAGCAACACCAAAGUCGGGAGGAAGGCGGCUCACACAACUACCAAAUCACACAGCUGGGGGAGAUCCUCAUCUCUCAGUUUUCAGAUACACUGGGAGAUGGAAUGAUGGAGUGCUACAGUAUUUUCUGCAGCCAUCAGAACGAGGCCAUCAGCUUCUACAAAGAGCAGCUGCAGAACAACAAGAAGCUGCAGAUUCUUAAUAGGAAAUUAGGUCAGCUUCCUCUCGUGCGAAGGUUGGGAAUCCCUGAAUGUUUUCUCUUGGUGACGCAACGCAUCACAAAGUAUCCCGUCCUGUUGGAGCGAAUCAUCCAGAACACUGAAGCUGACACAGAGGAGCACAAGUCUCUGGUGCAGGGCUUGGUGCGGAUCAAAGACACCAUCUCCCAGGUGGACAUGCAGGUCAGCGAAUACGAGAAAGCUGCUCGCCUGCGAGAAAUCAUCCUGCGCCUGGAGACAAAGUCUCAGGUGCGGCUGAAGGACGGCCAGCUGUUCCGCAGGGAGGAUCUGCUCCAGGGAGACAGGACGCUGCUGCACGAGGGCACCGUCACCUGGAAGUCCUCCGGAAGACAGAAAGAAAUCCACGCGGUGCUGCUGUCAGACGUGCUCCUCCUCCUGCAAGAGAAAGAUCAGAAGUUCAUCUUUGCUGCUGUGGACAACAAACCAUCGGUGAUCUCCCUUCAAGGGCUGAUAGUUCGGGAAGUGGCCCACGAUGACAAAGCCAUGUUCCUGAUAUGUGCCUGCACCUCCAGUCUGCCGGAGAUGUACGAGAUCCACACGGGCUCCAGAGACGAACGCAUUUUCUGGAUUGCGCUCAUACGCGAAGCUGUGGAACACUAUCCACAAGAGGAGCUGCACCGUGAACUGAUUGCUAAGCUGCAGCAUUGUCAAGAUGCACUAAAGGACAGGGAUGAGCAGAUAACACAGAGUCUGGCAGAGAAGCAGCAGAUCUUUGCAGCUCUGUACGAGAGUGUGACGCAGCAGGAGACGCCGCACAAAGGGCUGCUGCUCCGAGGCGAUGCCACCGACCUCCAGCAGGGGGAGGCGCUGCUCAGAGGAGCCAUCGAUGAGGUGGAGAACCUGCAGAACCUGAUCUUCUCAAGGAUUAAAGACCCAAACCUUCCAGUGGACGAGGGCGAGAGGCCCGGGGGUUUGCUGGCGCAGGCCGACACCUUGGAAGAGGGCGACAGUGACUCCGAUGUAAACACCAUGAAAAGUGGAGAUGUGUGCGUCAAUCACAAUCCUCAGCUCCAGGAAAUCUACUCUGAAGGCCUGGAACAGUCUGCCGAUGACGACACACUCCCAGUGCCAAACUGCGAUUCAGCCUCUAGUCAAGUCCCUCAGGCAGCGGUGUGUGACAGGGUCAUAAUACUCGCACGGAUGCUCCACACCUUACAGGCGAUAAUCGCUCAGCAGACCAGCCAGAUUGAGCUGCAGCGCGCUUUCCAGUCGAACGCUCAGCAGCCCGCUCGUCACUACACCAACGUACUGCUGGAGCGGGAGAAGCAGCGCAACCUGGAGAAGCAGAAGGAGGAACUGGCCAACCUGCACAAGCUGCAGGCGCAGCAGCGCGACGAGCAGCAGCGCUGGGAGAAGGAGCGGGAGCGGCAGAGGAUCCAGGUGGAGACCCUGGAGGCUCAGCUGCAGCAGAGGGAGGAGGAGUGCAGCAAGUGGGAGGAGAGGCUCGGCGGGGAGAAUGCCGAGCUGGAGAGGCAGUGGGAGAACUACCAGCACGACCUGGAGAGGCUGCGGGAGUCGACGAAGUCGGUGGAGAAGGAGCGCGAGCGUAUGACGCAGGAGAAGGAGCGUCUGGAGCAGCUGCAAGAGAAGUUGAAGUUGAAAUUAAUGGGCGUCCCAAACCCAGGACACUCCAACUAUGAUGAUCCCGCACAAAGCCAGAAUUUUUUCAGUUCCCCGUCGUUCAGGGGGAGCGUCGUGAACGGAGGCGGGACUCUGCCCCCGACUCCAAGGCCCAACGUCUUGCCCACCCCCUCCAAUUCCAUGGAGGUUCCACCCAAGGUUCCGCUGCGUAAAGAGAGCAUCAGCCCCCAGCCAGUCAAACCUGAGCUGCCCAUGCACCUGAUCAGCACCACCAACCAGGUGCACAAGCCUCCCGUCGUGCAGCAGCAGAUCCCCACCAAGCUUGCGUCGCUGUCCAAGGGCAAGGACAAAGGCUUCAAGACCAAAGGGUCCCACCAGAGGACCCACAGUGCAGCCUCUAUAGACGUGAACCAGGUGCUGCCCAUCCGAGUGACGGGGAAGGAGGGAGGCAGUCUGCGAGCCACGAGGAACGGCAGCCCUCAAAGGAUCUACCAGUCAGAGACCUUCAGAUCACCCAGAUCUGUCCACAAUGUGAAGACGUCUCAGUCCUUCAGCACACAAAAGAAGAGCGGCAGCCCCAGCAGCAGCAUGGGUCCUCCACCAGCACCACCUCCUUUCCCCAAAGAAGUUCUCAAACGGGGCAAAGGGGGGGAGACGUUCCUUUAAUCAUAAACCAAAGACUGGAGUUUGAGCAAGGCCUCGUGCAGCAUAAAGACUUGGAACACAUGGAGCCAAAAAAACCCGAUGGAGCUUUGAAAAGAGACUGCACAAGGCUCCAGGACCCAGCGUCCGUGUGUGUCCAGUAUUAACAGGCCAGUCACUAUUAUAGUACUUUAUCACAGGACGCCAGCUGUUGGAAUCAGCUGAACUUGGAAAAGAGAUAAAUGAUGGGCAUAUUUUAUAAGAAGAAAAAAAAAACUAGGCCUAUUUGUACAUUUGGAAAAGAUAAUAUUUUCAGAUAUUUUUUUUAAGACGUUGCUAUAAUCGUGAGGCCCAAAGCCUUUUCCCUAGAAGUAACUUUUUAUCUUUUUUUAAUUUUAAAUGAAAGCAGGCUGUCUGUGACCUUUUUAGCACUCGUCGAAAUUUGCACGCGUUGUGAGGAAGCUACAGACUUAAGAAGUACAUAUCAGAACAUAUCUGUUUAGAUAUAAGUGCCAAGCACUUGUAUCAGGACCUGUUCCAGUGGUGAAUUAUCAGGGCUUGUAUAAGAAACUGGAGUUGAGCUGUAAAGAAAUAGUUUGUUCAUGUGAUGAAAAUUCUUAAAUGUGCCGAUCUCAUUUAAUAUAUUAACUUUAUGUUGAUUAUUUUCUCUGGUCGAGACACUGAGACGCAGUCGCUUCAUGGUUUCAUGUGUAAUAUAUUCCACAGCCCAACUAAUGGGUCACAGAAUAAAAAGAUGGUUGACUUAA